AAGCUGCCUUCGUGGACAAGAAGUACCGAAGGGUAUCUUCAUCUAGAUUCUAUUGCAAAGACGUCAAUUGAAAUCGACACUAUAAUGGCCAACUUAAUCCGUUGGGCAAGCAUGCGACUGGCUGAUUCCCGGAUUGACCGCCGCUAUAUUGAUCAAGGGAACGAUCCUGAACCAAUCGCUCACAUAGAUUCAAUUUUGGAGGAUGAAAUCUCUGCGCAAGAUUGCUCUGAAGAAACAAUCGAGUUGGCAGACUCUCUGGAUCAGCCUCAAAAUCGUGUUGAGAUGAUGACGAAUGCUCUCAGCACGUACCUGCGAGAUGUAAAUGCAGCCCGCCAAAACGUCACCAGGCUAGGCGCGGACCUUCAUCAAGUCAACAUGCAGAUUGCGACUGCCCAGCGCACAAUACAAGAUCAUGCUCGACAAUUACUAGACCCCUCACUAUCUGUUGCUCAUGCUGAAAACCCAAUCGCCAAACCCUCGCCCGAUGAGUUUUCCGCAUCUGACAGCGAGGAAGAAGACCACACAGAAGCUAUCGAAAGUGCGAAUGCGAAAGUGAAGGAACUUCAAGUCGAGAAAAAAGGGAUUGUAUGGGCUAUGAAAACGGCGAAGCAGUAUCUAAAGCGACUAGAGACAGCAAUACAGCCUUUUCUGGGGUUUGUGAAACACAUAUCGGCGGAUGAACAAUCAAGACCUGCGCAGCAAGACAACGACGAAGCAGAGAAUGCAGCACUUCCUGUUAGAUUGAGAGAAGACAUGGUAGUAGAAGGGCCGUCCUCCCUGCGUCUUCCGAUCCCCGUGUCCGACUCUGAAGAUGCCUCCGAGGCCGAAACCCAUGGUAUCGAUAACGCGUCUUAUAGAGAGCGACCACGGAUACACUCAAAGCAUUCGGUUUACUGUCACAGCCAUGAAAAAUAUCGAACAAAGGAGAGGAAUAGCGACAAUAGACAAAUAGAAGAGAGCGAAACUAGGGAUUGCGAUUACAGCACAAAAGACUUCCCACCUCAUCUUAAACGCUCCGGCGCGCGAAACCGAAAGAGAAAAGUGGCAGAGAUGUCUUGA